GCCCUCCAUAUCUGGACUGUCCUGGUCCUUAAGUUCAGCUCUAUGGUGAACCACUUCCCCCUCACCCACACUGUACUCACUUGGAGGGAGUGCCAUAUUGCUCCCUCCUACAAAACCCACCAGCAAAAUAUCAGCAUAUUCCCCCACUCUCUUCUCUCUUUCCUCCCUCCUUCCCUUCCUUUUUAUCUCCUCACAUUCCCCUCCUCCUCUCCUCUCUUCACUUGUCUUCAUUGCUCUCUCUCUCUCUUCCAGCUUCCACUAUCUCUUUAUUCCCCUCUUUCUCUCAUGGCCUCAGCUGAAGAAGGUUCAGAACCACUGAAAUAUCAGACUUGGACAUUGAAGGUCUCCAUCCACUGUGAAGGCUGCAAGAAGAAAGUGAAGAAGGUCCUCCAUAGUAUCGAAGGGGUCUAUAAGACAACCGUAGAUUCCCAGCAGCAGAAGGUGAUCGUCAUAGGGAACGUUGAGGCGGAGACUCUCAUCAAGAAGCUCCUCAAGACCGGGAAGCACGCCGAGCUCUGGCCGGAGAAGAAGCCCAACAACCCCGGCAACAACAACAGCGGCGGCGGCUGCGGCGGCGGUGGCAAGAAGAACAAGAACAAGAACAAGGCUUCGGGCAAACCAAACGAGUCGUCGGAAAACCCGGAGAGCAAUCAGACCCCUACCGCCGAUGAUUCUUCCCCUGACUCCUCUGCUAAUCCCGACGGCGAUGCCCCGAAUAACGGUCGCAAGGAUUCCCCGAAGGUCGACAACAAGGAGGCCGGGAACUCCCCGCCACCUGAGAAACAGGGUGGCGCCGCCGCCGCUUCCGAGGCCGCCGGCGGCGGCGGCGGCGGUAAGAAGAAAGGCAAGAAGGGUCAGAAGGAGAACAAUGGCGGUGGCGGUGGCGGUGGGGGUGGAGGCGGCGGCGGCGGCGGCGGAGGUGAAGUUCAAGGAGCCUCAGAAGGGAUGGGCAGCAAACCGGGCAGCGGCGGUGCCAGCGUAGUGAGCUUGCCGGCGUUCAGUUAUGCAGUCUACCCGACGUCGCAGCCGCCGGCGUAUGUAGUGAGCUACAGCACAGUGCAGCCGAGUGCGAGCUACGGCGGUGCCUACUACCCGAUGUCGGCGAAUCAGAGCAGCUAUUUCUACUCGGGUGCGACGGUGGCGGCGGCGCCAGGUUCGUAUUAUAUCUUUAGUGAUGAGAAUGCCAAUGCCUGCAGAAUCAUGUGAGGAAGCCGAUGGCGGCGGCGGUGGCCGGAGUCCUGAUCUUAUGCGGGGCUUUCGUCCCCUUGGUGUAGUGUAAUCUGAAGUAGUUCUAGGUGUUGAAGAGUAUGAAUGAAUGUGAGAGUACUUAAGCUUAUACUACCUGUAUAAGCUUAUACUACUUGUUUAAGUGUAAUGGUGGAAAGUAAUGCGAGUGUGAAGCUUAUACUACUUGUAUUAAGUGUCAUUGUGGAAAGUGGAGGUGAAGACUGUAGUUUGGAUGAUUUUUGUCGCUUUUUUAACUGUGCAAAUGGUGGAAAACAUGGGAAAAAUUUGAGGUGGUGUUGCCUUUU